GUGUUUAUGAUCAUGGCGACCGGGCAACCAGGCUAUCACGUUCACCACGGUGUUGAAAAUUCUCCCCACCGCCAUAUAUAAAGAAAAAGACUGUCCAUAGUCCCUGGUUCCAUCACAAGGGCCGACUCGCCAGAAUGUAAACCGACACCACGACAUGCGAACACGUCUUCGACAACAUGCAGAACAACCCAAACGUCCCUAACGGCCCCGCACCGGACACCGCUACCACCGCAGAAGCUCUCUCGAUGCUCGCAUCUCUCCGAGCUCAUCAACAGUGUGCCCCUCCGCACGCGCACUCAAUCUUCGUUGGCGCCACCCGCACCGAGGUCCGGAGCAUCCUCGCACCCGGCCGCCUUCGAGGUACUAUGCACUACGAGGCGAUGCCGGAGUCCAUGGCACAAGACAAACUCGGCAAAUUCCUCAAGGCCAUCGAUGACGAUCCUGAUCGGGCUGUAUUGGUCCGCUCCGUCAAGCUGAGCCUCGAGUGCGACCACUUCAAGCACUCAGGAGUCGCCGAGCUCUUCAACCAGGACGUUUUGCCGUAUUACCCCUUCACGGACGACGAAACCAGCGAAGAACACCCGCCGCUCACGUACGCCCCACUCUACCUCAAGAACAUUCAGCGACGAAUGGCGCACGAGCCGCGCCUCUCCCAGCACCCGACGUGUCCGACCGACAUUGCACUCCCAAGGAAGGAAUUUUUCUACAUGUAUACGUGUUUGUCACUUUACUUGCCCUCCAAAUCGAUGUCUUAAUCAAGCUUUGUCCGAAUCCUGAGGCUAUCGACGCGCCGGCACAGUGGUGCCCAGUUCCGGAUCUCCCUUUUAAGGCGGAUAUCUUGCAAAAGUGGAAAGAGCAGC